GACCACGAGACUACAAGAGGAGAAGGCAGCACAGCACGCAAGCACGCAGCUGUUGCAGCCACGCCUCCGCGACCCCCGGCUGCGCGAGGAGGCGGCGAGCUCGGGCCGGAGACCCGAGGGAGGGAGUGCGAGGCCGCCAGCCAUGGCGACGGGCAACCUGGCCAGCGUGGUGGUGGCGGUGGACGGCAGCGAGGAGAGCAUGAACGCGCUGCGGUGGGCGCUCGACAACCUCCGCCUCCGCCCCGACGGCGCCCUCGUCGUGCUCCACGUCCAGCCGCCGCCCAGCAUCGCCGCCGGCCUCAACCCCGGACCCAUCCCCUUCGGCGGCCCGAGCGAGGUGGAGGUGCCGGCGUUCACGCAGGCGAUCGAGACGCACCAGCGGCGGAUCACGCAGGCGAUCAUGGAUCACGCGCUCAAGAUUUGCUCCGAGAAGAAUGUGGAGGUGAAGACGGAUGUGGUGGUUGGGGAUCCCAAGGAGAAGAUAUGCGAGGUGACGGCCAAUCUCAAGGCCGAUCUGCUCGUCAUGGGGUGCCGCGCUUUUGGACCUCUCAAGAGAAUGUUCUUGGGAAGUGUUAGCAACUACUGCAUCAACAAUGUGACCUGUCCUGUUGUCGUGAUCAAGGGCACUUGAGCCAUCUUGGGUCAACAUUCUUUCACAUUUGAAGCAUCUACGGUUGCUCCUGUGCUAUCUGUAGUUCCACAAUAUAGUACUGCAUAUUUCACAUUUGAAGACUACUGUAUUAUGCAUCGUUUGGUCUCUUGGUGGUGCUUACGG